AUGACCAUCAAACCGUCUGACAAAGGGGGGAAUGUGGUCAUCGUGGACAGAGUAAACUACAUUGCAAUGGAUCAGCAGAUUAUUCAGGAUGGAAGCAUCUAUGAAGUACUUCGUGGGGACCCCACCAAAAAAUAUCUAGUUGAGUUGAAAUCUCUCCUAGAUGAUGCCCUAACCGCUUCCUUGAUCUUAAAAGACAAAUUCAACUUCGUGUAUGUUAAAAACCAGAAAAUUGCAACCUUCUAUGCGCUACCAAAAGUGCAUAAAAAACACUUUGACUGGGAGACCCAUUGUUUCAGGUAG